CUUCGACAUUGACACGGUCCUUCUUCACCCACCUAUUGUUGCUUUCAUUCACCACCAUGAGUUCUCAGAGCACAGGCGACAUUCUUUCUGACCUAGUGAAAAGGAUGAAUGCCAUCUCGUCACUCGAUAAUGUGCCUAAACACAAAAUCAUCGUGGGAAUUGAUUAUGGCACGACCUUUUCAGGUGUCAGUUACGUAACCACGGACAAAAGCAGCAAGAGUAGCGUAGAUGAUAUCAAGAUUAUCUCGACUUGGCCCGGAGACCCCUAUGGAUCGUGGAAAACACCAACGAGGAUCGCGUACAGCAAAGAGAAUCCAAAGAUCGGUACCAACAAAUGGGGCUUCGAGGUCUACCCCAAGCUUAAAUCUUACUCGUGGACUAAACUCCUGCUUGACAAGAAUGCAGCCGUAGGCGAACAUGACGACCCAUCCCUUUCCGGUAUUGUAGGCCCUGGGAUGUUCCAAUUACCUUCUUUUCGCGAUGCCCCGGGGGUUUGUGAGGACUUCUUGCACGAAGUGUACCUAUAUGUAUCCAAAAUUCUUCGCCAACAGUUGACCGAUUCGACUUUUGAAAAAACACCAAUGGAGUGCUGGAUCACACUGCCAGCUAUUUGGUCCGAUGAAGCAAAAGCUGCCACUCUCACAGCUGCCAGAAAUGCUGGCUUCGGUUGCGAACCAAUAGACGAGGUUUUCACCAUCGCCGAACCAGAAGCCGCAGCUAUUGCAACUUUGAAAAAGUAUGCCGAGCCAAAUGCUUUGAAUCCCAUCAAGGAAAAUGAAAAUAUCCUCAUAUGCGAUUGUGGCGGUGGGACUGUUGACAUUACUACGUACACAAUCACGCAGGUACGACCGUACUUAACUUUUGAUGAGCUUUGCGUCGGUGUGGGUGGUAAAUGUGGCUCAACAUAUAUUGACCGCAAUCUGCAUGCACUACUCUCCAAAAGAUUCGGAUUGGCAUUCGAUAAUCUUCCCUUCGGGGUAAAGGGCCCUGGUGGAAAGUUAAUGAGUUGUUUUGAGGGGUUGAAACGAGACUUUGGGGUUAUCGAUAACGGCGAUGAUCGAGAGUUAGGCCCUAUCAAUCUCGAUGUUCCAGAAUCUAAGUUCUAUGAUCCGGAGGAUAGAAUUGUGAAACUCUCAUACGAGGACAUGCAAAGUCUUUUCGACCCAGUCAUUGCCGAGAUUACAAGCUUAGUGGGCCAGCAGGUGGAAGAAGCAAGAAAAGUACGAAAUGCCACAAUCGAUCGAAUUAUUCUUAUCGGGGGAUUUGGUGCAUCAUCGUACCUGAAUAAGGCUCUGGCAGAUUGGUGCGGGGAAAAUGGUUAUAUUACUCUACUUUGCCCCUUGCAUCCUCAAGCUGCUGUUGUGCAAGGUGCUGCUCUACGUGGUCUUGAAGGAAUAUCACCUCGUGUGAAGCACGCCCGACGUCACUACGGAUUUGCUAUUUCGCUGAGUUUCCGUGAGGGGAUAGACUCAGAAGAUGACGCCUUUUUUUCUAAGUUCGACGAAAACAGGAAGCUAUGUCGCGACAGAAUGUGGUGGCUAAUUUCUAAAGGAGAUGAAAUUACUAAAGAAACAAGCAUAACAGCAGAUGUUUACGAAAUCUACUCACCAGGAUCGAGAUUUGUGAGCCGAUAUCAACUAUAUUCUUGUGCACUCACAGAAGCACCGGAUUACUCAACUGAUUCUAGGGUGGAUCGUGUUGGCAGCAUCGAGUCAACUUUCGAUGCAGAUUUUGAUUUUGGCACGAGUACUCAGUGUAGGUACAAUAACAAAACCAAAAAAAUUGUACAUCAAUUUUCUUAUGAUGUACAAGUAAGAUUUGGGGAUAAGGGUGAUAAUCUGACAUUCAAGAGUAUUGUAAAUGGUCAGGAGGCAGGCUCAGCAAACAUCAAGUUCGAUCGAUGAUAGCGCGGAACAUAUCGUCUGGUGCAGAACUUGUUCCACCUGCUUGACGUACUAUUCGAAGAUAGAGGAAAAUGUAAAGAGAUAAAAAUAUAUUCCAGAUCACGUAUAUUCGUGGAUUGCGUUAGUGGC